AUGAAUUCCUUUAUCAUCGAUAAACAACUUCCAACAAAUUCCAUUGAAUCGAACAAAGUACUACACAUAUGUAGUCAAUGUACACGAACAUUCAAAGAUAUCAACAAUUUCCGUGAACAUCUCUUUCAAGAACAUGGAGAACUAGGUGUAAAUGUUCGACAAUGUCAUUUGUGUUCCUAUGCAACUCUCUUAAAGUCAAAAUAUGAUUGCCACAUCAGAUGUCAUUUAAAUAAUCGUGUUCUUCGAUGCCAAAAAUGCAGUUAUUCAACGAUUAAUAUCAGACAUAUGUCGAAACACGAACGACAACAUAGCGUAUCAAAUUCUACAAUAACGACAUCAUCAUCCAAUGAUCAUCCGAAUCGUGAAGCAAAACGUGCACGAUAUGAAAGUCUCAAUCCAUCACCACAUACGAACUGGUCAACGGCAUUGUACGUCAAUACAGAAAUCAAAGAUGAAUCCAUGAAAACAAUACGUGAACAACCAUCUGAAUUUUCCUCAUGUUUUCUUACGGAUAAAUUAUUAAUGCCUGAUAAUAAGAAAAUGGACAAAUCCGAUGAAAUACAUAAUCUACGUUCGUUACAGUCCACAAGUAGUUAUUCAACCGAGGAAUCCAAUUGUAGUCCGUGUAUACAUCAAACGCAUCUCAUUUCAUUACGCACGAACGUGUGGACAUUACUACGAAUGUUACUUCCUCAACUGUCAUUCUAUUAUCCAUCGAUAUCAAUGAUAGAUUAUGAAUCGGACUCAUGUAUUGAUCGAUUAAUAGCUAAUUUGAUUCAAAUCCCAUCGAUUUAUAAUUCAUACUCAUCUGUAUAG